AUGGCGACAGCAGGCAAGGUGAUCAAAUGCAAGGCAGCAGUGACAUGGGAAGCAAACCAACCAUUUUGUAUUGAAGAAGUAGAAGUGGAUCCACCUAAAGCUUAUGAGAUACGCAUCAAAUUAGGACUACACAGGACAUUUCAGUACCUGGUAACCCUGAAGCCUGGAACAACUACUGCCUUGGAUCUCUGCAACCCGGGAUUAAUUGUGACUGCAGGAAUAUGUCGUUCAGACGAACAUGGACUCACCGGAGAUCUCAAAGAUGUAGAAUUUCCAGUUAUCCUUGGUCAUGAAGGUGUGGGCAUUGUAGAAAGCAUUGGAGAGGGAGUCACAGAGUUCAAACCAGGUGAUAAGGUCAUUCCACUGUUUGCUUCCCAGUGUGAUCAGUGUCCCACAUGUAAAGACCCAAGAAGCAAUCUAUGUCUUGCAACAAACAUAGGCAAAGCUCUAGGCCACAUGGCUGAUGGAACCACAAGAUUUACUUGCAAAGGGAAGAAAAUUCAUCAUUUUGUAAACACCAGCACAUUCACUGAAUACACUGUCGUAAGUGUGAUGAACUGUGCUAAAAUCGAAGAUGAAACACCUAUGGGUAGUGUCUGCCUCAUAGGAUGUUGCUUCUCUACUGGAUAUGGAUCUGUUGUAAAGACUGCUGAGGUAAAACCAGGAUCCACAUGUGCUGUGUUUGGGUUAGGAGGGGUUGGACUUGCAGUUAUCAUGGCCUGUAAAAUAGUAGGCGCAUCCCGUAUCAUUGGAAUAGAUGUCAACAAAGAUAAAUUUGAGAAAGCUAAAGAGAUUGGAGCAACUGAGUGUAUUAACCCCACAGAUUCUGACAAACCUAUCGCCCAGCUGCUGCUUGAACAAACUGGUGGUGGAGUAGAAUAUGUAUUUGAAUGCAUUGGCAAUAUUGAAACUAUGAUUUCUGCCAUAUAUUCAAGUCAUGUUGCAUAUGGAACCACAGUACUAGUAGGAAUUUCAGGAAAAACAAAAACUAUCACCUUUGACCCAAUGGUACUGAUGACUGGACGUACGCUGAAAAGCUCACUCUUUGGAGGUCUGAAGAGUAAAGACUCUGUACCAAAGCUGGUUUCAGAUUACAAUGCAAAAAAGUUUGACUUGGACACAUUGGUGUCACAUACGCUGCCUUUAGAUAAUGUUAAUGAAGGAUUUGAGCUUUUGCGCUCUGGAAAAUGCAUUCGGACCCUUUUGACAAUAUAGAUUAGAAGUUGAAGCUCCUAUGUGUACUGAUUUUCUUGUGGCUUUUGUACUGGAGAAACUUGGACUGGAUUAUUUUUCUACAAUUCAGACUGCUGGUGCACAAUGAAUUAUUGUAUAAAUGGGGCUAUUUUUUUUUUAUUUUUUUUUUACUUUUGUGUUUUAAUUGAACCCAAAAAGUAAUCAUGGAUGACUUCUAUGGAUUAAGUAUACAUCAUGGGGGUCAUUCCGAGUUGAUCGCUCGCUACGGAUUUUUGCAGCACAGCGAUUAUGGCAGAACGGGGCUAGUCUGCACUGCAAUGCGCAGGCGUGUCUUACAAGUACAAAGAGGUUUGUGGUUUUGCACAGGUUCUAGCGACGCUUCCAGUCGCACUGGCGGAUGCAAGAAGAUUGACAGGAAGUGGGAGUUUCUGGGUGUCAACUGACUGUUUUCUGGGAGUGUUUGGAAAAACGCAGGCGUAGCCGGGCAUUUGCUUGGUGGGUAUCUGAUGUCAAUACCGGGACCUUCGUCGCAGCAAUCAUCGCACAGAAUAAGUAACUACAGGGCUGGUCUUGUUCUACACAAAAUGUGUUUGCUGCCGCGCGGCUGCACAGGCGUUCGCACUCCUGCAAAGCGAAAAUACACUUCCCCGUGGGUGGCAACUAUGCUUUUGCACGGCUGCUAAAAGUAGCUAGCGAGCGAUCAACUCGGAAUGAGGGCCUAUGUCUCAUGGGCAUCUUGGGUUUUCCCUGUUUACCUACCAUAUGACAGCUGAAACUGCAUUGGUGCAGAUCUUCACCUGAAGACCACUGCUCCUGAAAGUCUGCAAAUAUUAUUUGUCAAGUAAUAAAAAAAACCCAU